AUGAAGAGAAAUCCAUACACCAUCAAAGAUCCUUUAUCAUCGACGUCAACACUAUCAUCAACAUCAAAUAACACGCAACUUAAUAACAUAGCAAUGUCACUCUCCUUAGCCUUAAAUGCACUCUUAAUUUCAUAUUCUCUUUUGCUCAUAAUUUAUCUACUACAACCGGAAGGGGGAUUAUUAAUCACGAAACAUGAGAAAUCCGUGAUUCUGCUGGUGACCGCAUGUGUCAUAGGUUGUCUCAGUGGUAUACCUUUCGUUUAUCAAUUCUCGAGAAAAAGAUUGAUGAUACAGAUCGAGAGAACUUUGCCAGAAGAAUUAUUGAGUUUAACAAUUUUUGUCUUUUUUUUUAUCGAGACCAUAAUUUAUAUUAACCUAACAACCAAACCACAAGUCACCGCUCUUCGCUAUUUUUACGUCAUAUUAUUUUACAUUUAUCAUCAUCUAUUCGAUAAGCAACGCAGCAAUCCUGAAAAAGUUGGAAAAUCGAAUAAUUUUAUUCAUCUAUUAUCUUCCCUUUCGAUGUCGCCUUCAAACGUUGACAAAUCUACUUCGAACAACUCAAAGCCAACGUUUUCUAACAUAAUAUCAUCUUCGGUGUUGCGUAUCAUACAAUCAUGGUUAUUCAAACUUAAAAGUCCUAAAGCUGUGCGAAACAUCUUAUACACUGACGAAGAAUUGGAAAAUCUUUUGAAUGACCUUGCAAAUAAACAGGCGUCGAGUCGAAGGAACAAAAUCAACCGGAAUAAGAGACAAAGUGAUUCAGGUAGUGAAGAAAGUAGGAAUCAACUAUCUACCAUUCACGAAGAUGAGGAAGAAUUUGAUUUUGACGAUGAUCAAACGCUUUUAAGUUCGAAAGAAUUUGAGUGUGAAUCAACAACCAAAGGUGAUGAGAAUCGUGAACGUAGGGAUAGUGGAUAUGAAGAAACUUCAAGCGAAUCUGACACGCAAUCACCAAAGUCAUCACGUGUCACGUUGAAUAACAAAAUGACAUUUUUUUAUAGAUCCAUGAAAGACAUGGAGAAUGACGAAGGUGGUGAUAGUAGUCAUGAAAAAUCGCUUCUUUCCACAGAACAUUCACAUGACAGUUUGCCAAAUGUUGGAGGGGAGGCGAUUUUUUUUUAUAGGAUCAUGAAGAGCAGGAAAGUUCAAACAUUGUCUAUCGAACGAUCUACUAUUGGAUGUUUUUAG